AUGAUAAAGAUCAUCUUCCCUAUGUACAUUUUCAGUGCAUACGCGGAAGAGGAAAUGGUCACAAUGUCGUCGCCUAUCAAUCGUUCUACACUCUCUGAAAUGAUGAUGUCUACCGAUGAUGAUGUUAAGCACCGUGGUUCAGAGGAUUUUUUUCACUGCUUGCGGCAGCUUUACCAGCAAUCGCUUGUGACCAGCAGCUUGGAUGGGAAGAAGGCUUAA